AUGUCGUCUGCUCAGAUCGUCUCACCUUCCUCCUCACCUUCCUCCACACCUCUGGGCCCUGCCCUUCCAGGAUCCAGCAUCAACUUCAGCAAUCUCAUCAACUAUCUAGGAGGGCAGCUUUCACUUUCGACAGACCAGGUCGCCCAUCUCCACCGCUUCUGCCAGUUUAUCCGUGACCUGCGCCCAUGUCCCUAUAACCCUGAGACAUUGGCUGCUCGCAUCUACGAGAUAGCAUUCAAUCUCUGGGCAAUCAAUACCCUCGACCUCAAGAUUUCAACUCUAACGCCUCCAUCCAGUGGACAAUCCAUGGCUCCUACAGCACAAGCCGCCUUACUCAACGAUAUCGCACUGCGACUGGAAGACAAUUUCUCGCUUUCGCAGGACCAGAAGAAGCUCGUUCGAAGAACGACACAGAGACUUAUCAUUCAACCCAGUCGUCUCAGCUAUUCGGGUCUGGCCACGGAUGGAGUCCGCAGGGUAAAGCAAAAGUAUGCUAGUCAGUUUGCCAAUGCAUUUUCGACCGACUCAAGGACCGAAACUACUACCGCCUUCUUCAAACGCACCGCUUCAAGUGUGCGAAAUGCGUUAAGGCAAGAUAUUCGGGACAGCAUAGGGCUUGGAGAAGAGGGUACUGGACCGAUCCACCUGAGCCGAUUCGUUGUCAGUGUGGUACUGAAGUACUACGGUGAGCCCGAAUCAUCAGACAAGCUGAAUACGAAGGGAUACGUCAUGAAGCUUGCUCUCAUGCGUCGUUUCGCUCUUGAGCACAAAGAGCUUCUGCAGCUGGACGACGAUAGUAACUCUGACAACGAUGACACUACCAGAGCUGGAAGCAAGCGCAAACGCGGCCGAGGAGGACGCAUCCCUAAGGGGGAGGAUUUUUGGGGUCGCUUUGAUCGUUUCCUGCACGAGAAGAUCCAGGUGUUUGGCAAGAACAUCCUUGCGGAGGAGUGGCAAAGGUACUUCACAGAGACGAUUGCACAGGACAAGGAACGCUUUCCCGACAAAGACGACAACGACAACACUCAGGACGGCAUCGACCUUCAUCCAAAGUUAUCCUUCACAGCCUUUGGUGCUCCUACGGCGUCUGGUGCUCAAGCUCCUGUACCAUCCAACUCUCCAGAUACUCGCACUCCGAGCACUCAGCUGGCUCCUCCCUCGCCGUCAUUCUCAUCCGCUCCUGGACCCUCGUCUCUCCGCACAUCAUCUAGUAGUACUUUCGGGUCAUCGUCACCAUUCCACACCCCGUCGGACGACCACUUUGGCUCCAUGUACAACGGAACCUCCGGUGAAUCUUCGACAUCCUCUUCUCUCCUUUUUGGCUCCACAUACCAGCAAACAUCCAUUCAGCAAGGUGCACACCGCCCCUGGUAA